AUGGAUACCAUCAAGAAGGCUCUCAACCUCGGCCAGAGCAACGAUGCCCCGCCAAGGCCACCGUCGUCCGAGGAGGUGGCAGCUCUGAAGGAGAAGUACACAAAGGCUGGCCAGGGCCACGUCUUCACAUUCUACGAUUCCCUCAGCUCGACCGAGCAGGCCACUCUAUUCGGGCAACUGUCCGGCUUCGAUCCCGUGCGAAUCAACGAGCUGGCCGAGAAGGCCCUCCAUCCCCCACCACAAGACGAAAAGGCCGCCGCCCUCGAGCCCCUCCCCGAGUCCGCCUCAGCUAGCAUCCUCGACUCCGACCCGGCCGACAUCCAGAAAUGGUACGAGUCCGGCCUCGACCUGAUCGGGCAGAACAAGGUGGCCGUCGUGCUGAUGGCAGGCGGCCAGGGCACGAGGCUCGGUAGCUCUGCACCAAAGGGCUGCUAUGACAUCGGCCUACCCUCGAGGAAAUCCUUGUUCCAGCUGCAGGCGGAACGGAUCUUCAAGCUACAGGAGCUUGCACACAAGAGGGCUGGACUGUCUGCAGACACAAAGGUUGCCGUGCCCUGGUAUGUCAUGACCAGCGGGCCAACCCGUGGCCCUACGGAGGCAUACUUCGCCGAGCACAAAUACUUUGGUCUAGACCCAGCGAAUGUCAUAAUUUUCGAGCAAGGUGUCUUGCCUUGCAUCUCCAACGAGGGAAAGAUCCUACUCGAGAGCAAGGGCAAGGUUGCCGUGGCCCCAGACGGAAACGGAGGUAUCUACCAGGCCAUCGUCACAUCUCCCGUCUUCGAGGACAUGAGGAAACGGGGCAUCCAGCACAUCCACGCCUACUGCGUCGACAACUGCCUCGUGAAGGUGGCAGACCCCGUCUUCACGGGCUUCGCCGCCUCCAAGGACGUCGACAUCGCGACCAAGGUCGUGCGCAAGCGCAGCGCCACCGAGUCCGUGGGGCUGAUCCUGCUCAAGAACGGGCGGCCCGACGUGGUCGAGUACAGCGAGAUCGACAAGGCGACGGCCGAGGCGCAGGACCCCAAGCAGCCGGGCGUGCUCAAGUUCCGCGCCGCCAACAUCGUCAACCACUACUACAGCUUCCGCUUCCUCGAGAGCAUCCCCGUCUGGGCGCACCAGCUGCCGCACCACGUCGCCCGCAAGAAGAUCCCGUACGCCGACCUCGAGAGCGGCGAGACGGUCAAGCCCGAGAAGCCCAACGGCAUCAAGCUGGAGCAGUUCGUGUUUGACGUCUUCCCCAUGCUGGAGCUCAGCAAGUUUGCGUGCAUGGAGGUCCGCCGCGAGGACGAGUUCUCGCCGCUGAAGAACGCCCCAGGUACCGGCGAGGAUGACCCGGACACGAGCAAGAGCGACAUCAUGACCCAGGGCAAGAGGUGGCUGCAGGCUGCCGGUGCCGUUGUGACGAGUGAAAACCCGAAGUCCGGCGUGGAGAUCUCACCACUUGUCAGUUAUGGCGGCGAAGGUCUUGAGAAACUGAGCGGCAAGGAGAUUGUAGCACCAGCUGUCAUCGGCGAGGCUGUCGAGGACAAGGCUUAG